AUGAGAGUUCAGGCCUCCGAGACGCGUUGGCGCAGGGCUCCAGCUGCCAUUCAUGUCAAAAACAAUCCUGACUGGGCACUUGUACUGAACCUUGGGCAAAAGAACUUUAUACCCAAUGAGCCCCAUGCAAUGAAGUCACUGGAACGGGGUUCUACAUUUACACAAACAAGCAGAGCCUGUCCUGAGGUGCUGACUGAUGACCCCCAAGCCUGCCCUGAGGUGCUGACUGGUGACGCCCAAGCCUGCCCUGAGGUGCUGACUGAUGACCCCCAAGCCUGCCCUGAGGUGCUGACUGAUGACCCCCAAGCCUGCCCUGAGGUGCUGACUGAUGACCCCCAAGCCUGCCCUGAGGUGCUGACUGGUGACCCCCAAGCCUGCCCUGAGGUGCUGACUGGUGACGCCCAAGCCUGCCCUGAGGUGCUGACUGGUGACGCCCAAGCCUGCCCUGAGGUGCAGACUGGUGACGCCCAAGCCUGCCCUGAGGUGCUGACUGGUGACGCCCAAGCCUGCCCUGAGGUGCUGACUGGUGACGCCCAAGCCUGCCCUGAGGUGCAGACUGGUGACGCCCAAGCCUGCCCUGAGGUGCUGACUGGUGACUCCCAAGCCUGCCCUGAGGUGCUGACUGGUGACUCCCAAGCCUGCCCUGAGGUGCAGACUGGUGACGCCCAAGCCUGCCCUGAGGUGCUGACUGGUGACUCCCAAGCCUGCCCUGAGGUGCAGACUGGUGACGCCCAAGCCUGCCCUGAGGUGCUGACUGAAGAACUACAAGAAUAUCAGGAAGAGACUCUGCAGAAAAUAUCGUGAGCAUCACAGACUGAACUUUCCUCUAAUAUGAUUGGGGUAUUGCUAGAUGAUUUCAAUCAUACAACUGUGGAGAAAGUUAACUUAUGACAGGUAGUAGAUAGUUUGAAAUUCACAGAAAACUUCUUCAAAGAUUAUGACAAGAAAGUGAAAUUCUAUACUGGACUUCAUCAUUACAUUAAUCUGAUAGUUUUGUUUGACUUCAUUAAUCCAUAAGGUGUGAUUCACGUCACAUGACAUGCUUCUGUUGGGUAUGCCGACAGGUUUCUCACAUCACAUGACGUUUUUCAAAUAUCUUGUUUCUGCUCCACAUGCUUGCUUUGUAUGGGCGAUAACUAUUCCUCUGGGAGUGUCUGGCAUAUCACUCUUGAAGAUACGAGUCCUGGUUAUGCUCUCAGAGUCAGUACAUAAUGAGUAAUCAUGUCGAGUAGACGUCAGGCCUCCCUGAAUGUAGAGCAGACGCGAGCUUUACUUUUCAGUGAGGAUGAUGGAGCAAUUGUUGAUUAUUCUGGUAGCUCUGAUAGUGAUAACCCUCUAGAAGCCUUAAAUGAUACUUGCGGCUUGAUCGCAUUUAGUAGAGUAGUGUGAGAGAGAGGCAGACAUAACACAACCUCAAAUCCUGUAUUAUGAUGAGAACAGGAAUUACUCGGCUUUGGGAGUACAUUAGAGUGGAUUAACUGUUUAAGGUGAUUGAUACUUCCUGCUCGAACGCUUUAGGUACUCUUUAAAUCAGUCGGUUAAACCUUAUAAUCAAUCCCUCAUAUCCUUUAUCAUGUAAAAAACAGGAACUCUUUGCUUAGGCCUAGGCUUAGAUGAUAGUAAUAUAGAUAAAGUUUAUGUGUAUAGUGGAGAGGGUGAUGCUGAAAGCGAGGAAGUAAGUGAUGAAGAGUUAGCGUUUGCUGAACUAGCCUGCCGCCGACACCAUGCACCCCAGCUGGUGCUGCCUCAUUUGUUCCAUCGCCCACUGCCUGGUUACAUGCUCCCAGGAAUCGGUCAAAGAGGAGAAGGACAGAUACAUGCAGCAGCGCUCAGACACUCGAUACCACUGCCAAGAAUGUGGUGUUCCACUCUGCAUGGAACCAUGUUUUGAAGAGUAUCACACACAUGUAAUAUUCUAAAUUGUUGUAUACAUUUUGUUAAGCAUUUAUGAAUGGGUUAGAUUUUGAAUUCAUUUAAUAUAUAAACUAGAUAUUAUAUAUUAAGCAAAUUUGUGGUAUUAUAAAACUAAAGAAGUUUCUUACUAAGUUACUAGUGGCAGUGCCUAGUGAUAAGGAGUUACAAAUUCAAUACAUUGACAUAUUAUUUAAUUUUUAUCACUUAUGAAAAACAACUGUAAAAAUAAUGGUUUGCUAUGCACAUAUUGUAUGAAUAUUGUUCAUUGAUUUUUAGUGAAUAAAAAGCCCCCACCCCCU